AUGGUUCUCCUGAAGAACCUCCAGCCUCCCACCGGGGGAGUCCGGCUCCAACAGGCCGACACCGCGGCGGUGCUGGACGGACAGAGGCUCGGCUGCGGGACGCUCUACGUCACUGAAGCGCGUCUGUCGUGGUUCGAUGGUUCAGGGAUGGGUUUCUCUCUGGAGUAUCCCACCAUCGGCCUUCACGCCAUCUCCAGAGACGUCAGCGCUUUCCCACAGGAGCAUCUGUACGUCAUGGUCAACGGCAAACUCAGCGGUGAGAAUGAGGCAGAAAUGGCAGAGAAACCCGCUGAUGAUGACGAAGAAGAAGAUGGCGUCAGCAGCAGCAGCGGUGAUGAUGGCGAAGAAGGACCAAUCACAGAGAUCCGAUUUGUGCCCAGCGACAAGGCGGCAUUGGAGUCCAUGUUCUCAGCGAUGUGCGAGUGCCAGGCGCUGCACCCCGACCCAGAAGACGACGACUCCGACAACGACUUCGAAGGAGAAGAGUACGACGUGGAGGAGGCCGAGGCAGAGCAUGGCCAUGCAGACAUCCCGAGCUUCUACACCUGUGACGAGGGUCUGUCAGCGCUCACGCAGGAGGGCCAGGCCACGCUGGAGAGGCUGGAGGGAAUGUUGGCCCAGAGUGUUUCUCAGCAGUACCACAUGGCCGGAGUCCGGACUGAGGAGAGCAAAGCUGAAUUUGAAGAUGGUAUGGAGGUGGAUGCAGCAGCGAUGGAGGCCGGUCAGUUUGAGGAUGCAGACGUUGAGCACUGAUGGAGUUCAUCUCAGCAACCAAUCAAAGCACUGGAGUUGCAUCAUGGGAUUGGAGGGGAGGACAGUGGCCGUUCUUUCAGCUCUAUCAUCUCUUGUACUUUCUCCACGUUCUUGAUGUCAAACUUACUUUUCCCUUGUACUUGAAGACAUCCCAGUAGUUUUCUCUUUACCUUGAUAGAGCUCGUUGUGUUUUCUGUUUAACCUCCAUCUGAACAAUGUGUUGUUCUGCACUUCUGUGAAACAGCCAAGUCAACAACAGGAGACUUCUCGAGAUGCAGCUUCAAACUCUCACAUCCUGUUGUUAACUGCUAAGAAAUACCAGUUUGUGUUUGUUUUGUCCUAAAGACAAAUGUAAUAUCAGAUUUUCCUGCUCAGGAAAGUUCAUGUCUUUGUAUCAAAUGUCAAUAAAUGCUUAGUUUUUGUAGGAA